AUGUCAGACUCCAUUUUGGGUAACUCUAUUCAAUCUUGCUCCCCCUUUUUUAUGCGUAACAGUGAAACUAGACUAUCAGACUCUAACUCUCUUUUUCUUUUCUUUUUUCUUCUUCUUCUUCUCCCUCUUUCUUGGUGCCUUACGUUACCCCCCAGCCCUUUCCCGCUUUCACACCGUUCAGCCCAUCCCGUCCCCGUUCACCGUUUACAUUAAAAAAACAGACUACUGAAGUAGGACCGACCGAACUAGCACAGGGUUUACACACCAAAAGAAAGCGCGCGUAAAGCCCUUGCCUAGUUUUUUCUCUCCAAAACCUUAAUUCCAUCUGAUCUGCAUUAUCUAGGUACACGUGUGUGUGUGUCUGUGUGUUUAAGGACCGGCCCGAUUUUGGGCAGCAGCGAGAACGCCGACCAACCACUUCACAACAAAAACAAAAUAGUUGAAUCUUGACUCGGAAGUCCGACUGACCAACACACACACUUGCCUAACCCCCCUACAUACAUGCCAUGCACGUAUGCAUGCACACAGACAAUCCAAGAAUCUCAAAAGAAACAAAGAUAGUGUAUUAUCGCGUAAAUCUGUCACAACAUCUUUAACUCGAUCGAGGAAUAAAGUCCCCCUUCUCCUUCGCUUGUUUUUGAUCGGCGAC